GCACGACCCUCGUCGAGUGCAAAAGCGGCUACGGGCUGGACGUGAUCACGGAGCUAAAGAUGCUGCGGGUGCUGGAAAGGGCACGCCCGCGCGCCCACCUCACGAUCUCGUCCACCUUCUGCGGCGCCCACUCUGUGCCCAGGGGCAUGACAGCAGACGAAGCGACGCGAUCUGUUAUCAAGGACCAGAUACCUGCUGUUGCGGCUGCCGUGAAGUCGGGAGAGCUCAAGGUGGACAGUAUAGACGUUUUCUGUGAAAAAGGAGUUUUCAGCGUAGACCAAACUAAAAGAAUUUUAGAAGCUGGAAAACGGGAGGGACUCUUGAUAAAUUUCCACGCAGAAGAACUUCAUCCCCUGAAGAGUGCGGAGAUGGGGGCUGCGCUUGCUGAGGCAAUGAGUCACCUGGAGGAGGUGUCUGAGGAAGGCAUAGAGGCCAUGGCGAGAGCGGGCACCGUGGGCGUGCUGCUGCCCACGACCGCCCACAUCCUCCGACUUCCCCCUCCACCCGCCCGUGCCAUGAUCGAUGCGGGCGUACCUGUCGCCCUUGGCACUGACUUCAACCCCAAUGCUUUCUGUCUCUCCAUGCCUCUUGUGAUGCACUUGGCGUGUGUCAUUCUCAAGAUUCAUUGAAGCGCUCAACCUACACGCCGCCCACCGCUUGCGGAAGGCCCACCCGCGCCCGCGGAGGCCAAGCUCAUUGAAGCGCUCACCGCGGCCACCCUACACGCCGCCCACUCCUUGCGGAAGGCCCACGCCCAUGGAUCCAUAGAACCAGGAAAAUGCGCCGAUCUUGUCAUCGUGGAUGCCCCUAGAUGGGAACACCUUGUGUACCAGCUGGGAGGCACAGACCACGUUAUCUCCCAUGUUAUAAAGGCCGGCGCUGUCGUCCAUGAGAGAAAAUGAAAUAAAGAGUAAUUUACUUUUUA